AUGUCUCUCAGAUCGGCACUCAUCGCCGGCCUCGCCACUUCGGCGACAGCACAACUCGUGCCCGGCUUCUUAAGCCGUCGCGAUGAUUCCAGCUGUCCCAAUACCUUGGCUGUUUCUUAUCCUGCUCCCGUGGCAUCAAAGGGCUGGGCAUAUAGACUCGCGGCCAAUGGCUUCAAGAAGCCGCGGAGCAUUGCGUUUGACGACAAUGGCGGACUUUUGGUUGUGGACGCUGGGGUUGGUGUGUAUAGGUUGACGAUUGAUCAGGAUAAAGGGGAGACUUGUGUGGUUAUGAGUUCGCCCAAGACGCUCAUUAACAGUACUGAGCUAAACCAUGGUCUCGCACUUUCAAACGACGGCAAAACCCUCUACGCAUCCUCCUCCUCCAAAGUAUACGCCUGGACCUACGAUAGCAAAGCCGCCACCGUCAGCAACACCAACUACACCGUCAUAGCCAACAUGAGCGACACCGACAAAACCACCCGCACCCUGCUCAUGUCCCAAAAGAAACCAGGCAUGCUGAUCGUCUCCCGCGGCACCGUAAACGACCAAGACAAAGCAGCCCGCACCCUCAGCUCCGGCCAUUCUCAAAUUCGUGCGUUUGACGUAUCGGCCAAGAAGAACGGAAGCGAACCACACGACUUUAUGGACGGUGUGUUGUUGGGCUCGGGUCUGCGCAACUCAGUUGGUGUGGCUGAAGACCCCACCAAGGGAGGCAUAUGGUCUGUUGAAAACUCAAUCGAUGAGUUGACUCGGAAUGGGAAGGAUAUCCACGCGGAUAACCCCGGAGAAGAGCUGAAUUACCAUGGUGUGUUGAACGAUACGGCCACGGACAAGGACCGCGGCGGCAAUUACGGAUUUCCAAUGUGCUAUACGCUUUGGAAUACGACGGGAUUCCCGAACCUAGGUGAUCUCAAACCCGGAGACCAGUUCCCCGGCCCUGAUGCCCAGACGUUUACAGACGUAACAUGUAACAAGGACUAUGUCCCGCCGAAAUUAGCCUUUCAGGCGCACACUGCCCCUCUGGAUAUCAAGUUCAACAAAGAUGGCUCCAAGGCAUUCAUCACCUUCCACGGAAGCUGGUCAACAAAGAACCCAGUCGGCUACCGCAUCUCAUCCGUUGCCUUCGACACAUCCAAGGGCGAGCCCUCGGCGCAAAAGUCCUCCACCGACGCCGCCGUCGAUAUCCUCUCCACCCCAGAUCUGGCCAAAUGUCCCGGCGGAUGUUUCCGCCCCGUCGGCCUUGCAUGGGACUCCAAGGGCCGUCUGUGGUUCAGCUCCGACAGCACAGGCGAGAUCUUUGUUCUCUACCAGAAUGGAACGUCGAGCGGGGACGGCGGCAGCAUUGGAUCGCGGUCUGCUGUGGCAGAUAGUGCGGCGGCGUGGGCUGUGGUUUUGGCAGCUGUUGUUGCGGGAUUGUUUUUGGCGUAG